AUGUCUCUCGAUGAUCGAUUUGACGCAGCCGUUACAAUAAUUCAAAAACUGCCAAAAGAAGGACCAGUGAGUACAUCAAACGAUCAGAAACUUCAAUUCUAUUCACUGUACAAACAGGCAACGAUCGGCGAUGUGAACACAGAAAUGCCAGGGAUAUUCAGCAUUGUCGAGAGAAAGAAAUGGAAUUCCUGGAAGGCUUUGGAAGGACUGCAUCAAGACGAAGCGAAGCAACGUUACAUUGAAGUUCUGCUUGAAAUGUUCAACAAAAUUGCGGAGGUAAGGCUUUUUUUAUGA